AUGCUUUCUCGUCCUCACAACCGUUAUCUUCUCUCCCCUUCACUUCCACCAUUGAAUUCUUCUUUCUUUCUCACUUGUAAAGCCUUUUGUGAUUCGUCGAAGCUUCUUCCCGAUCUUUCACCUCCUAUUUUGAUUCAUUUUCACCUUACUUCUAGGCCCCAUUGUUUUACAUUUUUAUUAUCUUUUUUUCUUCUCGUUUUCUUUCUUCUUUUUUUUUCAGUACUUUCUUUCUUUUUUUCUCUUUUCUUUCUUUCUUUGUUUUAUUUCUAUGCCUUUCUUUUUUUUCUUCCUUUCAUUCUUUUCACAUCUUCUAUCUUUCUUUCUUUUAAAAUUUUCCAUCUUUUUUUUUUCAAUCACUCUGAUUUCCAAUUUUGCUCUUUUCCUUCCUUCAGUGCAUUUCUUUGUCUCUUUCAUUUUAUCACCUCUCACUUUUCUAUUUUUCUUUUCGCGCCUUUGCUCAUCUUUUUUUAUCCUCUUCCCCCUUCUCCAUCUUCCUCACCAUUUUCUUUUCCAUCAUUGUCUUCUUCUACCCCCACCUUGUUUUCUUUCUUUCUUUCUCUUUUUAACGUCUCUUUUUUCCUGGUUAUCAUUUGUGAAGACACUUUGUGUUUAUUUUUUUUUAUACCUUCUUACUCUUUUUCUUUAUAUUUUCAUCUCCCCAUUUUUUCUUCAUCUUUUUAUCUUCAUGUUUCUUCUUCUUUUUCUCUUCUUCAUCGUUUCAUUUUCCUCUUUUUAUUCAAGUUUUCUCUUUUUCUUAAUUUUCUCCAUCUUUUGAUCUUCCUCUUCUCCCUCUUGUUUUAUUCCGUCAUUCAUUUUCCUCCUCUUCAUCUUUUCAUUUUUCUCGUCUAUAUCUUCCUCAUUUUAUUUUCUCUUCUUCAUUUUAACUUCUUCCUAUCUUUCUUUAUCUAA